AUGUCCUCCGCACCCGGCGAACAGUUCGAGGUCCGCCAGACUUCCACCUCUGAGGACUACACCCCCGACCCCUCCAACUCCAUCAAGCUCUCGCCACAGCGACAAGCCCUCGUCGACGACAUCAUCGCCCUCUACUCCUGCGAACCGACCAUCCGCCGCGUGGAACGCUACACCUCGGACUGCGUGUACGAUGACCAGUUCGUGUAUGCCAACGAUCGGUACAAGAUGGCCGGACAGUGGUUCGCCCUGCCCAAACUCUUCAAAGCCUCCGUCAACGAGCGCUACGAAAUCAUCAAAAACGACCGCGACCUGAUCCAGUUCAAGAACGAGCAGAGCUGGACUUUCAAGCUCAUUCCCAAGACCGCUACCAUCAACGCGCUCGUAUCGCUAUCUCUCGACCCAGAUACGGUCGACUCCGACUUCAUCCAGGUGAAGUAUCACAAGGACCAGGCGAAUGAUAAGGAUUACAGCCACGAAGGCGUGGGGUUCAGUUUUAAGAAGUGGCAGGCGGACAAGGUGAUGCAAAAUAUGGACAGCGAGGAGGUGAAGUAUUUUGAGAAGGACAAGGGGGCGGCGAAGGAGCCGGUGCGGAAGUAUGGGAGUGGUGAGGGGGCGGCGGAGAAGGUGGAUCAUACUACUUCGGAUAAAUCAUGA